CCCCAAGAACUCCUGUACUUGUCACCUCGUUUGGGAGUAGGGAUACUCAUGAUUGCCAUGUGCCUUGCAGGAGACAAUCUGCGAAGGCCCCCCCUUGAGUAUGUAUCCCGGACAGGUUACUUCUGGUUGGCAAAGUUGGGCCUUUUUAGGCCGACAGGGUUUUUAACAGAGCCUCUGUGGCCCGGUGACAUUGUUCUACACUUGGGGCAGCCAGUAGUAUGUCAUCCACAUACUGGAGGAGGCUUACCUCUGUAUGUUCUCGUCGGAGCUCACCUCAGCCCUCACGGACAGCCUCAUCGAAGAUUGCUGGUGGAAUUUUGAACUCUUGUGGCAACCAGGUCCAGGGCGCCUGGCUGCUGCCCUGAGACCCCCCGUAAGAACCUGGCGGUAGACCUUCAGCCGCUCCCUACCUUCAGUCGAGCUGUGAUCCCAAACGGGGUGUGUGAGGGGAAAGGAACUGUCAAUGUCUGCCGCAUUCGUCGUUGGCCGGCCAUCCCGGCCUCGGACCACCCUGUGGAACUCGGUGGUGAAUAGGACCUGGAGAAGUCCUCCCAAGUGGGCUGGUCAAAGGUUCCCUUGGAUGGCCACCCCACAUCAAAGGUUGGCCAUUCGAGGCUGCAAAGCAUACGGAGUCAGCCUGGCUUGACAUGUUGGCUGGUGGAGGAUACAGCAUUCCUGAAAUCGUGAAUAUGGCUGAUUAUGAGAUCUAAUGGGGAGGAGGUGGUUUGCCACAUCUUAAGGACAGAUAUGACAAAAACGCGAGACAAACAGCAACAAUUAACACAGAUGGCAGGCAGUGACUAAUAAAGUUUUUCUGGCGGCUGCGCCCCUUAAGGGGACCUGUACAGGUAAUGAAGAUAAAGACUGAACCUGAAAACAGACCCGACAGACUCACCUCCGCAGAAGGGAGUCCUCUGGGUGAGAGUAGGGCGUCCUCAUCUCACCAGCGCAAGAAUGAAGAGCGCGUCCAACUCGUUCUGUAUGCGCCCCAAACUAUCUCCUCCAGGGGUCGCUGAUUUAACCCGCAUAAUCCCAGAGGAGCCCCCAAAAUGUCAGCUUUCCAAAUGGAGUAGCUCUCGUCAACCUGGGUCUUUCAAAUUACCACCAAUUAAAAAAAAAAUGUUAGAGACAUUUUUCUCCUUGGUUAUGCAACUACCUGCAUGAUAUGCUCCAUUGUGCCUCUUGGCCCACAGCGCCUAAAAUAUUCGCUAUCUGGCCCUUUAUGGAGGAAGGUGGCCAAUCCCUGGCCUAGGGCAGUAGCUGGCAGACAGGGGGCAAUCCGCAAGUGUCAGGUGGAGAAAUCUGUUACCAAACAGAGAAAUGUACGGACAUAGAUUUGCACAAAAAAUACGGAGGCUGAGCCAGCCUAGCGUACCAACGGCAAUCGCAAGGAGGUCGCGUAGCGGGGACGUCCAGUCCACGUUCUCUAACGUUUAGCGCUGCUUGUUUUAUCUUUGCCCACCACCAACACGCGUUCACUUCGUCAUCAUCUGAGGAGGACUGUGCAUCUUUCAGAAGGCGCCGUGCCCUCUGGGUGCGCAGUCUACAAGGCCGAGGCCCCCCCACAGGUCGUGGGCGCUCAUUCCACGCCGCUUGACUGCACGGAAACCACGCGAGCCCCGAGGGGACGCAGUGAAGCCGGCGGGGUGGGGUCCCCCGCCCCAAAGUCUUCCUCACCAAAGCGCUGGGUCGAGCGAAAGACACUAAACGGGAGGAUCUUGUGAAGCUCCAUAAGCCCAGUUCCAUUCCCGCCAAGCCCGUCGCCUCCCGGUUCUAACGCCGAGGAAGAUGUGACCGGCGCCACGGCCCGGGAGCCUCCCAGACGCACCUCACCUCGCAGUCUUCUCACCGGAACCUCGCGAGCAGGAAACACAGGCUUUGUCCGGCGGAGAACGCAACUGCCAGGCCUUUCACAGCGGCGACGCCGGUUUCAGAGGACGCCGCGGCGGCGGCUAACGACGGGGCUGGUGGGCGAUCGUGAGGCGCCGGAGGACGUUCCUUGCGGCCGGAGCCAUGGAGAUGCCCCUGCCGCCUGACGACCAGGAGCUUCGAAAUGUCAUCGACAAGCUGGCCCAGUUUGUGGCUCGCAACGGGCCCGAGUUUGAGAAGAUGACGAUGGAGAAGCAAAAGGACAACCCGAAAUUUUCGUUUUUGUUCGGAGGCGAGUUCUACAGUUACUACAAGUGCAAGUUGGCGCUGGAGCAGCAGCAGCUCAUCUGCAAGCAGCAGGCCCCAGAGCUGGAGCCGGCCUCGGCCCUGCCACCCCUGCCGCAGCCCCCGCUGGCCCCUGCUACGCCCAUCCCACCGGCGCAGGGAGCCCCAUCCAUGGACGAGCUCAUCCAGCAGAGCCAGUGGAACCUGCAGCAGCAGGAGCAGCACCUGUUGGCUCUCAGACAGGAGCAGGUGACAGCAGCUGUGGCCCACGCAGUGGAGCAGCAGAUGCAGAAGCUCCUGGAGGAGACCCAGUUGGACAUGAAUGAGUUUGACAACCUGCUGCAACCCAUCAUCGACACAUGUACCAAAGAUGCCAUCUCGGCCGGGAAGAACUGGAUGUUUAGCAACGCCAAGUCGCCCCCUCACUGUGAGCUGAUGGCGGGCCACCUCCGGAACCGCAUCACGGCCGAUGGGGCACACUUCGAGCUGCGGCUGCACCUCAUCUACCUGAUCAACGACGUGCUGCACCACUGGGCCCUGACGCGCGGAAGGUCUCUCCCUCACAGCCAGCGCAAGCAGGCCAGGGAGCUGCUGGCCGCCCUACAGAAAGUCGUGGUGCCCAUCUACUGCACCAGCUUCUUGGCUGUGGAGGAGGACAAGCAGCAGAAGAUCGCCCGGCUCCUGCAGCUCUGGGAGAAGAACGGCUACUUUGACGACUCCAUCAUCCAGCAGCUCCAGAGCCCGGCGCUGGGGCUCGGCCAGUACCAGGCGACCCUCAUCAACGAGUACUCCUCGGUGGUCCAGCCGGUGCAGCUAGCUUUUCAGCAGCAGAUCCAGACCCUCAAGACGCAGCACGAGGAGUUUGUCAACAGCCUGGCCCAGCAGCAGCAGCAACAGCAGCAGCAGCAGCAGCAGCAGCAGCAACAGCAACAGCAGCAGCAGAUCCAAAUGCCACAAAUGGAAGCUGAAGUCAAGGCCACCCCACCGCCGCCUGCCCCGCCUCCAGCCCCCACGCCCGCCCCUGCCAUCCCGCCGACCACCCAGCCUGAUGACGGCAAGCCUCCCAUCCAGAUGCCCGGCUCCUCCGAGUACGACGCCGCGGGAGGAGUCCAGGAUCCCGCCGCUCCCGGCCCCCGGGGCCCUGGGCCCCAUGAUCAGAUCCCGCCUAACAAGCCCCCGUGGUUUGACCAGCCUCAUCCCGUGGCUCCUUGGGGCCAACAGCAGCCUCCCGAGCAGCCCCCCUACCCGCACCACCAGGGCGGGCCGCCCCACUGCCCACCCUGGAACAACAGCCACGAGGGCAUGUGGGGCGAGCAGCGUGGAGACUCCGGCUGGAACGGCCAGCGGGACGCGCCCUGGAGCAGCCAGCCCGACCCCAACUGGAACAGCCAGUUCGAGGGCCCCUGGAACAGCCAGCACGAGCAGCCUCCAUGGGGUGGGGGCCAGCGCGAGCCGCCCUUCCGCAUGCAGCGGCCGCCGCACUUCCGGGGGCCCUUCCCGCCCCACCAGCAGCACCCGCAGUUCAACCAGCCGCCGCAUCCCCACAACUUCAACCGCUUCCCGCCUCGCUUCAUGCAGGACGACUUCCCCCCGCGGCACCCCUUCGAGCGGCCGCCCUACCCCCACCGCUUCGACUACCCCCAGGGGGACUUCCCCGCCGAGAUGGGGCCCCCUCACCACCACCCUGGCCACCGCAUGCCUCAUCCUGGGAUCAACGAGCACCCGCCCUGGGGUGGGCCCCAGCACCCCGACUUCGGCCCUCCUCCCCACGGCUUCAACGGGCAGCCCCCCCACAUGCGGCGACAGGGCCCUCCCCACAUCAACCACGAUGACCCUAGCCUGGUCCCCAACGUGCCCUACUUCGACCUGCCUGCCGGGCUGAUGGCUCCCCUCGUGAAGCUGGAAGACCAUGAGUACAAGCCUUUGGACCCAAAGGACAUCCGCCUCCCACCCCCCAUGCCGCCCAGCGAGAGGCUGCUGGCCGCCGUGGAGGCCUUUUACAGCCCUCCGUCCCACGACAGGCCCAGGAACAGCGAAGGCUGGGAGCAGAACGGGCUUUAUGAGUUCUUCCGAGCAAAAAUGCGGGCACGGCGGAGGAAGGGCCAGGAAAAGCGGAACAGCGGACCCUCACGGUCCCGGAGCAGGUCCAAGAGCCGAGGGCGCUCUUCCUCGCGCUCCAACUCGAGGUCGUCCAAGUCCUCGGGCUCGUACUCCAGGUCCAGAUCGCGCUCCUGCUCCCGCUCCUACUCCCGCUCCCGCUCCAGGAGCCGCAGCCGGUCCCGCUCCUCCCGGAGCCGCUCGCGCUCCCGCUCGCGCUCCCGCUCCAAGUCCUACUCGCCCGGAAGGAGACGCCGGUCGCGGUCCAGGAGCCCCACCCCGCCUUCCUCCGCUGGUCUGGGUUCUAAUUCAGCACCUCCUAUUCCUGAUUCAAGGCUCGGGGAAGAAAACAAAGGACAUCAGAUGCUGGUGAAAAUGGGCUGGAGUGGAUCUGGUGGCCUCGGCGUGAAAGAGCAAGGGAUCCAGGACCCCAUCAAGGGGGGGGACGUCCGGGACAAGUGGGACCAGUACAAGGGCGUGGGCGUGGCCCUGGACGACCCCUACGAGAACUACCGCAGGAACAAGAGCUACUCCUUCAUCGCCCGCAUGAAGGCCAGGGACGAGUGCAAGUAGGCGCUCGCGGCAGGCCAGCUGCCGCCGCCUUCCUGGCGCUCGGCAGUGACAGAUGGUAGGGACAGCUCGGCUCUCACACAGCCUCCACCUCUGGGGACUGACAGAAGAGGAGGAAGACCACAGCAUGCCUAGUGACGGGCGCCGUGCUCGACAGCGCGGGAGGCCCCGGGCCCCACCUGCAGAGCAGCUCUAACGUAGAAGCAAGGCCCCGCCAGGAGACGCUGGGGCCCGAACGGCCGGAGCGCGCUUCCCCCUCGGUGAAGUGAGCAACGGGAGACCCUCACCGCCGGAUGAGAAUUCCUGACGCCCGAAGGCACGGGUGAUUCGCACCUCCCCUCGGUCAGAUCCGAGCUUCUGCUUAAACCAGCAGGAGCGAGUCGGGGAGAGGCCGUGGGCCAGCGGCCCGGCCGCCCGGGACUGGGCCUGGGGCCCGGUCAGCUCUGCCCGCCUGGACCCUGCCGUCGUGCGGCGGAUGGGAAAGCUCAGGCCAGGCUCCGGUUCCAAACAGAAAAACAGACCCUUUUUGAUUUGCAAAGUUACACAGGGCUCUUUUUGUUUUUCCUCCAGAUGUCUGGUUUUGGAGAAAGGAAGGUUGCUCUGAGGAGCCCAGUGAGAAUCUGAAACCGGAUUCCUCUGAGACCAGCUGGCCCUUAGUUCCUUUAUUUUAGUUGUGUUGAAAAUUUUCCCCCAAAUGUUAGCCAUUUGCUGCACCCACAGAAACAGGUUCUGAGGAUGCUGAUCCAAGGCAUCUUCAGGUCACGAAUGACACCCUUGGAGAGCCUGUCCCUUCGCGUCUCUGCUUGUGUUUUUCACUUAGAGGAGCCCGACGCCAGCGCUUGUGCGGACCUGCAGCUCCAGGGGUGGGGAGAGAGCCCCGGCCGUGCCUCUCGCCCCUCCGUCCUUGCCCGCCACCACCGCGAGGGAGAUGAGGCCAGGAGGGAGUGGCGUCUGCUGGGCGACGCUGGGGACGGGCCACGCUUGGUGUCUUUGGGCAGCUCGUGCGGUGCCGUUUAUUUGUACAGAAACAUUUUUGAAAAAUUCUUUUCAAUAAGAUGCAAAGUUCUCUCCAACUUUUCAACCUGAUGUGAUAAAAUAUUUGAUUUUGUUCUAGAUCUCCUUAGCUGUGAAUUGUUCAAAUGUGUCUGAUUCAGGAUAAAACGUAAAUGCGUGCUGUUAACAAUUUCUUGUGGAUUUCACUGUUUUGCCUUCAAAUAAAAACUUUUUUUAAAGAC